AUUUCAUUCGUUCAUUACUGUCUUUCUUGUGGCGUUUUCUUUUUGUGUUUUUGUAGUUUUUCCGUGUGAAAGUGAUCGUUUUCAAGUUAAAUACAGUGCAAUUGUGCUAAUAUUUGUAGGAAAUCUUCCUGCUAUCUGUUCAGACCUUUGACGACACCUGCAAAGCAGUCCCGGCCAGCAUGGCGGACAACUACUCGACGCUGACCCUCAAGUGGGACCCGAAGACGCUGGAGAUCCGCACGGCGUCCGUGGAGCGCACGCUGGAGCCGCUGGUGGUGCAGGUCACCACGCUUGUCAACAGCAAGGACAAGCCCGGCAAGAAGAAGCGACCGGGCAAGUCUAAGCGCGCCAGUGCGCUGGUGGCCACCGUGGAGCGCGCCACGGAGAUCUUCAUCGAGCGCGGCCAGAGCAUCGCCUACGAGAACCCCGACAUCACGCAGGAGAUGCUCGCCGCCGUGGAGGACGUGCGGAAGGCUGGCGCGGCGAUGUCCCUAGCGGCGCGUGAGUUCUCGGACUCGCCGUGCGCCUCCGCCGCGCGCGCCGCCAUGGUGCGCGCGUCGCGGGCGCUGCUGUGCGCCGUGACCCGGCUGCUGAUACUCGCUGACAUGGUGGAUGUUCAUGAUCUGCUGGGGAAGCUUACCACUGUGGAGAACGACCUGGACAAGCUGAAGUCGGCCUCGUCGCAGUCGGAGCUGCUGGAGUCGGCGCGGCAGUUCGGCCGCUCCGCCAGCGAGCUGUCGGCGCAGGCGGCGAAGCGGCAGCAGGAGCUGACGGAGCCGGGCAUGAAGGACGAGCUGGCGGCGGCGCGCGCGCAGCUCAAGAAGCACUCCACCAUGCUGCUCACCGCCAGCAAGGUGUACGUGCGCCACCCGGAGCUGGCGGCGGCGAAGGCGAACCGCGACUACGUGCUGCGCGCCGUGUGCAGCGCCGUGGGGACCAUCGCGCGCGUGGCGCAGGGCCGCGCCGCCCCGCCGCCAGAGUCGAACCGCCCGCCCGCCGACGGCCCGGGAGAACUGGCUCAAGCAUUGGACGACUUUGAUGAGCGCAUGGUGAUGGAGCCGCUGGCCUACUCCGAAGUGCGCACGCGGCCCUCGCUGGAGGAGCGCCUCGAGAGCAUCAUCAGCGGCGCCGCGCUCAUGGCAGACUCCUCCUGCACCAGGGACGAGCGCCGCGAGCGCAUCGUGGCGGAGUGCAACGCGGUGAGGCAGGCGCUGCAGGACCUGCUGCACGAGUACAUGAGCAACGCGGGCAAGCCGGAGCAGUCGGAGGGCCUGGAGCGCGCCAUCGAGACCAUGUGCCGCAAGACACGCGACCUGCGCCGGCAGCUGCGCAAGGCCGUGCUGGACCACGUGAGCGACAGUUUCCUGGAGGCGACGGUGCCAUUGCUGGUGCUGCUGGAGGCGGCGCGCGCGGGCCGGGAGCGCCAGCUCGAGGAGUGCGCCGGAGUGUUCACCGAGCACGCCAACAAGCUCGUCGAGGUGGCCAACCUGGUGUGCUCCAUGUCCAACAACGAGGACGGCGUGAAGAUGGUGCGCCACGCCGCCGAGCAGAUCGAGGCGCUGUGCGGACAGGUGAUAAACGCAGCCCGCGUCCUCGCAGCCCGGCCUCGCUCGCGCGUCGCGCAGGAGAACGCCACCGCCUUCGCGCGCGCCUGGGAGAGCGGGGUGCGGCUGCUGACGGAGGCCGUGGAUGACAUUACUACUAUUGAUGACUUCCUUGCUGUCAGCGAGAACCACAUCCUGGAGGACGUGAACAAGUGCGUGGUGGCGCUGCAGGAGGGCGACCCCGACUGCCUCGAGCGCACCGCCGCCGCCAUCCGCGGCCGCGCCACGCGCGUGUGCUCGGUGGUGGCGCAGGAGAUGGACAACUACGAGCCGUGCAUCUACACCAAGCGCGUGCUGGAGGCCGUCACCGUGCUGCGCGACCAAGUGAUGUCCAAGUUCGCUGUCCGCGUGGACGCCGCGGUGUCCGGGCUGGGCGGCGGCGCGGGCGGCGGGCUCGACGAGAACGACUUCAUCGACGCCUCCCGGCUGGUCUAUGAUGCCGUGAGGGAGAUCAGGAGGGCCGUGCUGAUGAACCGGGGCGAUGAGGAGUUAGACCCCGAGGACGUGGAGCUGGACGAGCACUACACGCUCGAGACCCGCAGCAAAUCGAGCGCGCACACCGGCGAGCACGGCGUGGACGAGUACCCCGACAUCAGCGGCAUCACCAACGCACGGGAAGCGAUGCGCAAGAUGACGGAGGAGGACAAGCGCAAGAUCCUGCAGCAGGUGGAGCUGUUCCGGCGCGAGAAGAUGACCUUCGACAACGAGGUGGCCAAGUGGGACGACGCCGGCAACGACAUCAUCACGCUCGCCAAGCACAUGUGCGUCAUCAUGAUGGACAUGACCGACUUCACGCGCGGUCGCGGUCCGCUGAAGACCACAAUGGACGUGAUCAACGCGGCCAAGAAGAUCUCCGAAGCGGGCACCAAGCUCGACAAGCUCACUAGAGAGAUCGCAGAACAGUGCCCAGAAUCAUCCACGAAGCAGGACCUGCUGGCGUACCUGCAGCGCAUCGCGCUGUACUGCCACCAGAUCCAGAUCACCAGCAAGGUGAAGGCCGACGUGCAGAACAUCAGCGGGGAACUCAUCGUCAGCGGGCUGGACAGCGCCACCUCCCUGAUCCAGGCGGCCAAGAACCUGAUGAACGCGGUGGUGCUGACGGUGAAGGCGUCUUACGUGGCCUCCACCAAGUACACGCGCCAGGGGACCAUCGUGUCCCCGAUCGUGGUGUGGCGCAUGAAGGCGCCGGAGAAGAAGCCGCUCGUGCGCCCCGAGAAGCCCGAGGAGGUGCGCGCCAAGGUGCGUCGCGGCAGCCAGAAGCAGCAGCCGAGCCCCGUGCACGCGCUGGCCGAGUUCCAGAGCGCCGCCGACAGCGUGUGAACUGUACUAAAACGACAAGGUGUAACACAACACAUAUUUAUUUACACAUAAGUAUAUCUCCUUAUUUAAAAGGGCUCAUUACAACUAACGUAAAUACGUGUUCUAUUUUUUAUAAAAUAAACAUAAUUUGGCCUAGUUUAGCAAAUAUAAGUAUUUAUUUUAUUCAUAUUUUUAGGUGUAAAAUGCUCAUAACAUAAAGAGCAUAAUAUCUUGUGUGAGUAUUUAUAAACGUAAAUUUUAUAACUUUUAAACCAUGGUUAAACACCAAUCUUUUUUUUAUUAAAACUGCCAAAAUUGUGAUUGAAUAUAUUUUAUUCAGAAAAUAUUUAAUUAUAAGUUCGUAUUUUAAUUUUAUAUUAUGACAAUUAUUGUUUAUAUUUAAGUUUAGGAAGUACACAAGUACUUCUGUUUAUUGUAAUUACAACAAUGAAUGGUACAAUAACAGAAUAGCCAAAUUACUCGAUACCUACUCUAAAUAAUUCAACGACUCUGUGUAGUGCAUUUUGGACGAAUAUUUAACCUUUCUAUUUAAACUAGGAA